AGGAAACACAGUGUUGAACAAACAUCCUCUAGCAGUAGACUAUGACCUAACGCCGUGAUAACGAUUGUUGUCAAAGUCUGAGUCUUAAACAGACUCUGACCGUGUUACUCAGUAACACCGUACACUGCUGAAAGACAAGGUUAGAACGAAGACGAAGCCGAAAAUGACUAAUUGGAAAUGGUUUUCAUUCUUUUCUCCUAAAGGAUUCUAACUUUUCAUUUGAAGAGUUAUCAUGGGAUCAGCUUGUUGUGUUGCUGCUGCGAAGGAUCAAACUAUUCCCAACAGGACUGGAGGUGAAAGUUUACGUAGAAAUGCUGUAUGUUCACCAUCAUGGAAUUUUCGAUGGGAUAGUUGGGGCCGUGUUGCUAGAGAGAUUGAGAAUCCUUCCUUUCACACAUCUCGCGGAGUCAGCAGAAAUGACAGCAGGGAAUUUAAAGGAUCACUCAGUUCUGAAAGAGGCCAUUUUUCUGAUGGGGGAAGCACCUUGGAGAAUUCUGUAACACCUACAUCUCUGAAGUCCCCUGUUCGUGAGUACUUGGCUAGAAGUCACACGACUCCAUCUUCAGAUAUGUCCAUGUCAAGUAAUUGCUCUGCAGUGGUGAAGAAUCUGAUCGAAUCACCAGAGAUAGCAGAAUGUUCAAUACCCAAUUGCUCAACAUCUCCAGUUUUCUCAACACCUACAAUUGAUUUAACGCCUAAUCAUAAUUAUCACACUCUUCCUACCUCAGUGGCAUCCAGAUGGGCUCAUCGUUCUCCUGGGUACCCACUAUCGAGACAAAUUUCUGAUAGUCGAAUUCUGGGUCUGAAAUCACCUGAUCCGUCAAUUUCUGAAGGCAGGCCAUCGUUUGUACUCUCUAAUUGCAGCAACGAUAUGGCAUCAGGAUCCCAAUGUGGUUCAUCUGAUGGCUGGUCUAUGCGCACCUUUUCUGAAAUGGUGGUCUCAUCUCAAAAGGAAAGAUGGUCUUUUGACAGCGAGUAUUCAGGUUCAGGUCGUCACAAGAUGAGUGGAACAAGCAGCAGGUUCUCUUAUUCUCCCUCCAUGGACGUACAAUCUUGUGGGGCUUGCUCCAAGCUCUUGACCGAGAGAACUGCAUGGGGUAGCCAAAAAUUUAUGGGCAGCAGUGACCUCUCAGUUGUUGCUGUACUGGCGUGUGGUCAUGUUUAUCACGGGGAAUGCUUGGAGACUAUGACAUCAGAGGCAGAUAGUUGUGAUCCAACUUGUCCAAUUUGUAUGAUUGGAGAGAAGCACUUGUCAAAGUUAUCCAGAAAGGGUCUUAGGAAUGAAUCAGAGAGCAAGGGCAAGAACUAUAGAAUAUCCAGAAACCGAGUAGUUGAUAGCUACCUUGAUGGUGGGUUAGAUGUUUUUGAUCGCCUAAAAGACGUGGUUUCAAAGAUGGAGCCUAGCUCCAGUAGGAGGAGCUCAUUUGGAAAGCCCUUCUUGAGGCGACGUUUUUCAUUGGGAUCAAAGUGGAGUCGCUCCCUAUUGGAUAAUGAUUCGGUUAGGAAAAAGGGCUUUUGGGCCAGAUACCGCAAGGACUGAGCUCCUCUAGCCCUAGCUUUUAGUCGCACUCUAGCUCUAUAAAAGUUUGGAUUUGUCUUAGUCUAGCUAUAGUAGAACUUUUAGAUAUAUAUUUUGACUUGCCAUCAGAAGUUACCAAUCUUGUUGACGUGCUUCAUACAAGAAUGAGACUUCCUAAAAGUCACAUCGACGAACACAAGAUGCCAAGGACACAAAUACACAAGCUUCGCUUGGUUGUUGUAGCAAUACUCAUUCUUUCUGUUGCACUCUACCUUUUGCGGCUUAAAAAUCCUAUACGGUCAUCGGUGUUUAUCUCAUUCCAAUUAUUGAAAGUGAAAGAAAUCCUUCCGGUGGGUGAUAAUUUCUGAAA